GCGAGCCGGGCGCUUUAUCUCCGUUUGCCGCUGGGCUGGCGGCGUUGCGGGCCCUGGCCCCGGGACGGCUUUCCCUGCCGACCUUCCCGCCGCCGUGCAGUGACGGCUGCCCAGCCCGGCCCUCUUUGCCGAAGUCCCGCAGCCCGGCCGGGGCCCAGGUUUCAUGGAUGGGCUUGUUUUCUUGGUUUCUUGGCAGAUUCGUUGUUGACAAAGCAAAGGUGAAUAAAGAGAAGAUGUCUGUAAGAAAUCGACUGUCCAAGUCCAGUGAAAACCCUGAGAAAGAUGAAGACCCGAGAAACCCUACAAAGGAGUCACUAGAGACACGUAGAAAUGGUCGAAUUGACAUAAAACAGUUGAUAGCUAAGAAGAGACAGUUGGCAGCAGAGGCAGAGGAAUUAAAGCCACUUUUUAUGAAGGAAGUUGGCAGUCACUUUGAUGAUUUUGUGACAAAUCUCAUUGAAAAAUCUGCAUCCUUAGACAAUGGUGGGUGUGCCCUCACAACUUUUUCCAUUCUUGAAGAAAUGAAAAACAACCACAGAGCUAAAGAUUUCAGAGCACCUCCAGAACAAGGAAAGAUUUUUAUUGCAAGGAGAUCUCUUUUAGAUGAGCUGUUUGAAGUGGACCACAUCAGAACAAUAUAUCACAUGUUUAUUGCCCUCCUCAUUCUCUUUAUCCUCAGCACACUUGUGGUAGAUUACAUCGAUGAAGGAAGACUGGUACUUGAGUUCAAUCUCCUGUCUUAUGCUUUUGGUAAAUUUCCUACUGUUGUUUGGACAUGGUGUAUCAUGUUCUUAUGUACACUUUCAAUUCCCUAUUUCCUGUUUCAACGUUGGGCCAAUGGUUACAGCAAGAGUUCUCAUCCAGUGAUCUAUUCUUUUGUCCAUGGCUUGAUAUUCAUGGUCUUCCAGCUUGGAAUUCUAGGGUUUGGACCAACAUAUGUUGUAUUAGCAUACACACUACCGCCAGCUUCUCGGUUCAUUGUUAUACUUGAACAGAUUCGUUUGAUAAUGAAGGCUCACUCAUUUGUCAGAGAAAACGUGCCCCGGGUACUGCAUGCAGCUAAGGAGAAGUCAAGCACGGUUCCAAUACCCACAGUCAACCAGUACUUGUACUUCUUGUUUGCUCCUACCCUUAUCUACCGUGACAGCUAUCCCAGAACUCCCACUGUGAGAUGGGGUUAUGUUGCUAUGCAGUUUGCACAGGUUUUUGGUUGUCUAUUUUACGUGUACUACAUCUUUGAGAGACUCUGCGCCCCCUUGUUUCAGAAUAUCAAACAGGAGCCCUUCAGUGCUCGUGUUCUGGUCCUGUGUGUAUUUAACUCCAUCUUGCCAGGUGUGCUGAUACUGUUCCUUGCUUUUUUUGCUUUUCUGCAUUGCUGGCUCAAUGCCUUUGCUGAGAUGUUACGCUUUGGUGACAGGAUGUUUUAUAAGGAUUGGUGGAACUCCACAUCAUACUCUAACUAUUAUAGGACCUGGAAUGUGGUGGUCCAUGACUGGCUGUACUACUAUGCCUACAAGGACCUUCUCUGGUUUUUCUCGAAGAGGUUCAAGUCUGCUGCCAUGCUGGCUGUCUUUGCCAUAUCUGCUGUGGUGCAUGAAUAUGCCCUCGCUGUUUGCUUAAGCUAUUUCUACCCAGUGCUCUUUGUGCUCUUCAUGUUCUUUGGAAUGGCUUUCAACUUCAUUGUUAAUGAUAGUCGGAAAAGGCCAAUUUGGAACAUUAUGGUCUGGGCUUCCCUUUUCUUGGGCAAUGGAGUCAUUUUGUGCUUUUAUUCUCAAGAAUGGUAUGCACGUCAGCACUGUCCUCUGAAAAAUAUUCUUCUAAUUUUCUUCCUAUCUCCUGAAAAUCCGACAUUUCUGGACUAUAUCCGGCCACGUUCCUGGACUUGCCGUUACGUGUUUUAGAAGCCUGAGCUGUGUUUCCAUCCUCGUCACUGAAGAUAGGAUAUUCUGCCUCACCUGGGGACAGCUGUAUUAUUUGGACUACUCCAGCCUUUACAGAUGGCUCACUCCAUUCCUAGCUCUCCUGGUGCUGGAUUGUGGAAGUUCACUGGGAGUCUUGUAUGCUUAAGAGGACUCCUCCCCAACACACCGCCCC